AUGGUUGUAGGAGUAGGAUCUAGGCAUGUUUUUGGUAGUUUGGUGGAGAUCAUCGAACAAAGUGGGUGGCAAGGGCUUUGGGCAGGAAAUACAAUCAAUAUGCUCCGCGUUAUUCCAACCCAAGCAGUUGAACUCGGAACAUUUGAAUGUGUCAAGAGGAGCAUGACAGAAGCUCAAGAGAAAUGGAAAGAGGACGGAUACCCAAAGAUACAGCUUGGUAAUAUGAAAAUCGAGCUUCCACUUCACUUCUUAUCUCCCGUCGCUGUUGCCGGUACUGCUGCUGGAAUAGCUGCCACAUUGGUGUGCCAUCCUCUCGAAGUUAUCAAGGAUCGCUUGACUAUCAAUCGAGAGCUUUAUCCAAGCAUUAGCCUUGCCUUCAGAAGGAUCUAUCAGACCGAUGGUCUCACUGCAAGCACAAUCAGCUUCCCGCUGGAGGUAGCAAGGAAGCGGCUGAUGGUCGGCGCCCUGCAGGGGAAGUGCUCGCCUAACAUGAUUGCUGCUUUGUCAGAGGUGAUCCGGGGGGAGGGCUUCCUGGGGCUUUACCGUGGGUGGAGGGCGAGCUGCCUGAAGGUCAUGCCACAUUCCGGCAUCACCUGGGUGUUGUACGAGGCAUGGAAGGAUGUUCUUCUGGCUGACAGGAACAAGCCGCGCGGCUUAGCAAAUUGA